AUGCCCCGGCAUCUGCUUUCUGCUGCGGUGCUGCUGCUUCUCGUCGCGUUGAUUUAUUGCGGCAGCUGUGAGGCGGCGGCAGUUGCUGCGGUAAGUGAGCCACAACCGACACAAAAACCGCCGUCGACAGUUGUGCUGUUUCAAAAAACGGAAGAUCCGCAGUCGAGUGGGGUUGCAGGUGUGGCCGGUCUGACUGAAGGGAAAAAAGUGUACGGUUUCGCCGGUCACUCCCUUGUGCAUGCGGGUGGAGUGACGGUGGCCCUCGCCAAGGCCCGCUACGGCCCUGGCCUCAUUUCCGACGUUGGGAUUUGGGCGACGUGCAUCAGCUGCAGCGGCGGGGGUGGGGGGAGUAGCGGCUGCGCUCCGUUGGCUACUAAUGAUGCCGCUCCUGGAACUGGGUGUCAAUGGACUAAGGCGGUGCCUAGCGGCAGCAACGGGGAGAGCGGCUCUCUUGUCUUCCGCUACGGCCCCAGGGCGGUUGUGAAGGGCAAUAAAAUACUGCUUCUGCUGAUGAGCUACAAGGAACCCACAGGGGCAGGGAAACCAAACUCACAGGGAAGUUGGGAGGCCGCGCUGCACGAGGGCACAGUCGCAGACUCCAGUGGAUCAAAGUCCAUAUCGUGGACGGCAUCCACAACGCCACCAUCAUCAACGCUGACUAACACUUUCACCACAGAGAUGGGUAAAAAGAAAUGGAGGUCCUUCGUGGACAACGCAGGGCGGGGCGUUGUGCAUAAAAGUAAGGUUUUCUUCCCCCUGGUGGCGGUGGGCUCCGAAAGCGGCGUGCGUGUCUGCACAGUCAUCUCGUUGGCGGAGCGCAACGGAGAGACUGCGGGGGGCGGGACUUGGAGUUUCUCUUCGAGCGUUCCGAUGGCUGAGGGCUGCGUCGCCGCGACGCUCCUCGAGUGGAAAGAGAAACUCCUCAUGGUCGCCGUGACUGAACUUCGGCGCUACCGGCUGUACGGGUCGGCUGACGCGGGGGCGACGUGGACGGAGAUGACGGGGACGCACGCGCACCUGUUGGGCGACUUCCUCAACGGCGUUGAGCCCGGCGAGGGAGACGACUUCAUCACCGCGACCAUCGACGGGACGGAGGUGGUGCUGUUUGCCCGGCGGUGGCACAGCUACGACAACGCGACAGGCGCCACUCGAAGUGUGCUCCAGCUUUGGGUGACCGACGACAGGCGCCUGCAUCCGGUGGGCCCGAUCUCGACGGAGCCGCCGCAGAGCCACGACUUCAGUGCCCUGCUGCACACAGAGGAUAAUGGCUUGUUUGCCAUGUACGAGA